CUAAUAGAACGUGAGAUUGGACGGAAGGUCAAGUGCGUACGGUCUGACAAUGAAGGAGAGUAUAGGGGCCCCUUUGAAGCCUAUUGCAAGAAAUAUGGCAUUAGGUUAGAGAAGACUCCACCUAAGACACCAUAGUUGAAUGGUCUAGCUAAGAGAAUGAAUAGAACAAUUGAAGAAAGAUUCCACUGCAUGCUCUCUCAUGCUAAGUUACCCAAGUCCUUUUGGGGAUAAGCUAUAAUGGCCGUGAAUGACAUCGUCAACCUCACGCCAUCGGUUCCUCUGAAAGGUUUCAUCCCAGAGGAAGCAUGGACGGGCAAAAGGGCUUCAUACAAUCAUCUCAGAGUGUUCGGGUGCAGGGCAUUUGUUCACAUCCCCAAAGAUGAGCGAGAUAAGCUUGAUGCAAAUACGAAGGAAUGCAUCUACCUUCGUCCACCCAAGGAUGACUUCGGCUACCAACUAUGGGAUCCAAUCAAUAAGAAGGUUGUCCAUAGCAGAGAUGUCAUCUUCUUCGAAGACCAAAAAAUUGAGGACAUUAAAAAAUCGGAGAAGUCGAGAUUGAGAAGCAGCAAGAGCACCAAACUUACACCAGUUUAAAGUGAGGGUAAUGACACACCUCAAGAACAUGAUGAUGAAUACCAUGAGCCUGUAUUAGAGCAAAGCAACCGAGAGACCCAUGGUGAACCAUCGCAGGAAGAUCCUCAAUCUAGCUCUCCACCAGCACCAGAGUUGAGGAAAUCCUCUAGGGUCAAAAGACCAUCCAAUCGGUAUAACAUCGAAGAGUAUUUGAAGUUCACGGAUGAGCGGGAGCCAUAAAGUUAUAAAGAAGCAAUCAAUGAUAUUCAUAAAGAAGAAUGGCGAGAAGCCAUGCAAUCCUUACAUGAGAAUCACAAUUAUGAACUCGUGGAGCUACCAAAAGGGAGAAGAGCCUUAAAGGACAAGUGGGUAUAUCGAAUCAAGACCGAAGAUAGUAGUUCAAAGCCUCGCUACAGAGCUCGGUGGUAGUUUUCAAAGGAUUUGUUUAUGGUCAAGAAAAAAGCAUUGACUUUGAAGAAAUAUUCUCUCCCUUGGUAAAGAUGUAAUCCAUCCGAGUUUUCCUUGGCCUAACAGCAGUGCAAUAUUUAGAGAUUGAACAACUCGAUGUCAAGACGGCUUUCCUUCAUGGUGACCUAGAAGAAGAGAUCUGCAUAGAGCAGCUCAAGGGAUUCAAAGUUCCAGGCAAGGAAAACUUGGUGUGCCGUCUCACUAAUAGUUUAUAUGGCCUCAAGCAAGCACCGAGACAGUGAUACAAGAAGUUUGAAUCCUUCAUGCAGAGCAUGAUUUCAAAAGGACGGAAAGCGAUCAUUAUGUCUUCAUAAAGAGGUAUGAAAUUG